UGUAUUUCCUUUAUUUUUAUCUUCUAUUAGCUCUUUGAGGAAGUGGUGGAUGUAUUAGACCCUGAAAUGCAUUUGACUGGUGACUUAGCAUAUAUUCUGGAUACCGCAAAUGGAGGGCAGGAUAGAGGAAAAAUUGUCAUCAAGCAGGCAGAAAUCCGGCAAAAAGUCCAAACAAAAUGUAGUACUAGGCAGUCAGGAGUUAGCAGUGAGUCUAAACACAAAAACCCAUAUAAAUGGCUUCCAAAGAAUGAUGACUGCAGGAAAGAGGAUAAGCAGCCCAAAAUGAAAUGGCCUACAUCUCCUUCCCUUGAUGAAAAUAUCAGACAAAUGACAAAGGAAUUUUGUGAAUGGGUGGCAUCUCUGGAAUUGCUGUCCUCUCAAGGCCAGGCUGAUGACUCUGAAACGGGCGGUGAACAGCACAAUAUAGAAGAAUCUACAAUCAUGAGUCUUUUUGCUAGUGGCUAUCAAACAAAGCCCACUUUCAGAGUACCCAUCCAAGUUGUAGAACUCGACAACAUCCCAAUGGAAUUGAGAAUGUCUGCUAGUGCAACCCCACCAUUUACUGUUGCCAAAUUGCCACACUUGAAGGAACAAAGAUACAAUGUACAAUCUAAUUACUGUCCAAGUCAGGUCAAGAUAAGAUAUGGUGCAUGGUAUCUUAACCCUGAAACGUGGGAAAAACAAAAAGCUGAUGAACUUUUGAAAGCCACAGACAUAGAGGGUGUUAAUGACACUGUGAAUUCGAGAAGCAAACUGAAUGAGAAGAACAUUGAGCUCCUACAGCUCCAUGGUACAGCUGCAUUCAAAGAGUUCAUUGAAAAAAGGGGCUACAGAAGACCUAGUGUAAGUAGACAUUUUCUACAGAUUAAUCUUUGGAUGAGAGCCACUAUUUUUUGUGAAUGA